UAGAAAGUCAGGGUCAGACUUCCAGGGAAAGGAAAGAAGAGGAAGAGGAGGAGGAACAGGGUCUUUAGCGUGGGACAGGGACAGGGGAAACGUCAUGGCACUCGUGGCCCAGCUGUUCUGCUGGCAGACCCUGACCACCAUGGUCCUGGCUCUCACUGUCUUCGUGUUCCUUCUGGAGUUCUCAAAACAGUGGCGGAGGUCCCCCCGCUAUCCUUCGGGCCCCACCAGGAUACCCCUGCUGGGAAACAUGCUCCAAGUAGACUUUCAGAAUCUCCACGGCUGCUUCAGAGAGCUCCGGGAGACGUUUGGCGAUGUUUUUAGCCUCCAGAUGGCCCGGACCCCUGUAGUGGUGCUGAAUGGACUAGAUGCUGUCCGGGAGGCCUUGGUGCAGAAGUCUGAGGAUACUUCUGACCGGCCAUACUCACCAGUCUACCAUCACCUGGGCUUUGGGCCCAGUGCUGAAGGUGUGAUCAUGGCCAGGUAUGGGGAAGCCUGGAAGGAGCAGAGAAGAUUCUCCUUGACCACCUUGAGGAACUUUGGACUAGGAAAGCAGAGCCUGGAGCAGUGGGUGACCACUGAGGCAGCCUUUCUCUGCUCUGCUUUUGCCUCCAAGAAAGGACGUCCCUUUGACCCCCGCUAUCUCCUGAGCUGCUGUGUCACCAAUGUGAUCUCCUCUCUGACGUACGGGAAUCGAUUCAGCUACGAUGACCAGAAGCUGCAGAAGCUACUGAGCCUUCUGGAGAUCAGCCUGAAGGAAGACACAGGACUGAUACGGGAGGUGGUAAAUGAGUUCCCAGUUCUUCUCUCCAUCCCGGGGCUGCCCCAAUGGCUUUUCCAAGGUCAGAGGGCCUUCUUUGAUAUCCUGGAUGAAUUCUUAAAAGAACACAAGGAGACCUUGGACCCAGCUCACCCUCGGGACCUCACUGACGCCUUCCUGAUGGAGAUGGAGAAGGUGAAGGGGAUCCCAGGGACCAGUUUCAACCCUGAAAACCUCCGCAUGGUCAUAGGAGACCUGUUCACCGCAGGCAUGGCAACCACUGCCACCACGCUCCAGUGGGCACUGUUGCUCCUGCUCCUCCAUCCCAGUGUCCAGCGCAGGGUCCAGGAGGAAGUUGACAGAGUGAUUGGCCGGAGCCGGAGACCGACCGUGAAGGACCAGGCCCACAUGCCGUUCACCAAUGCCGUGAUACACGAAGUCCAGCGCUUCUCGGAUAUCAUUCCCCUGGGCGUCCCACACAGGACAAGCCGGGACACGGAAAUCCAAGGCUUCUUCAUCCCAAAGGGGACCACCCUGAUUGCCAACCUGAGCUCAGUGCUGAAGGAUGAGUCCAGCUGGGAGCAGCCUUACCGCUUCCACCCAGAGCACUUCCUGGAUGCCAAAGGCCACUUUGUGAAGCCGGAAGCCUUCAUACCUUUCUCUGCAGGCCGCCGGGUGUGCCUGGGGGAGCCACUAGCCAAGAUGGAACUGUUCCUCUUUUUCACUAGCCUGCUACAAGACUUCAACUUUGUCCUACCCCCAGGAAACCCCCUGCCCAGUGACAAGCCCAACAUCUCAUUCAUCUUAAAUCCUCAGCCCUUCCAGCUCUGCGCUAUGCCCAGAUAGGAGAGGUACCUGCCAAGUAUCUCAACCACCUUGU